AUGCGGGCGCGGCUGCGGGGUGAGCGGUGCGGGCGCGGGUGGGGAUGCGGGCGCGGCUGCGGGGUGAGCGGUGCGGGCGCGGGUGGGGAUGCGGGCGCGGCUGCGGGGCGAGGGGUGCGGGCGCGGGUGGGGAUGCGGGCGCGGCUGCGGGGUGAGGGGUGCGGGCGCGGGUGGGGAUGCGGGCGCGGCUGCGGGGCGAGGGGUGCGGGCCCGGGUGGGGACGCGGGCGCGGCUGCGGGGCGAGGGGUGCGUGCUACGGCUGCAGGUGCAGUCGGGCGGGACGGGAUGCGGACUGCGGGUGCGGGUUGGGGCGGGCUGCAGGUGGGUGCGCGGGACGGGAACGAGAGGCGGGUGCGGGGCGGGGGCCCUGCGCGGCACCCUGGCACCGCCCCCGCGCGGCCCCCAGGAGGAGGUGGAGGCGGCGGGGGCGUGGCGCGGCGGCCGGGGCUGCGGCUUGGGGGCGCCGAGCGCGGGGCGCACUGGGGCCAGGGGAUGGCCGCCGGGGCGGGGAGGCUGGGCCCGUGCGCGGGGCGCACGCGUUAA